AUGUCCCCAUACCGGCUAGUGUUUGGAAAACCAUGUCGCCUUCCAGUUAAGCUCGAGCACAAAGCUUUUUGGGUUGUACAUAAAUUCAACUUGAAUGAAUAUGAGGAGGGAUACAAAAGGAAGUUACACAUUCAAGAGUUAGAGGAGAUCAGAAAUGAUGCGUAUGAAAGUGACAAGAUUUACAAACAGAAGACAAAGCCGUAUCAUGACAAAAUGAUCUCCCGGAAGACUUUUGCACAAGGACAAAAAUUUCUUCUUUACCACUCAAGGUUCAAGUUGAUUUCGGGGAAGUUAAGAUCAAGAUGGGUUGGUCCUUUCGUGGUCAUAAAGAUAUUCGACCAUGGUGCAGUGGAAAUCACAAGCCAACAAACUGGAAAAACAUUCAAAGUCAAUGUCAUAGAUUGA